GCUGUGGAAGAGCUGCUUAAAGAGGCAAAACGUGGGAGAACCAGAGCUGAAACAAUGGGAGCUAUGGGCUGGUUGAAAUGUCCUCUUGCUGGUACAAAUAAAAGGUUUCUUAUUAAUACCAUCAAAAACACGUUGCCGUCUCAAAAAGAACAGGACCAAGAACGUGAGCAGAAGGAAGACAGUAAGGAACCUGAGCCAAACAAAAGCAGGAAAGAAGAAAAACCAAAGAAGCGUAGAAUUCAUCCAUACACACCCAGCUUUCAGUCCAGAAGGAGAGUCAGCUACUCUCCUCCAAGGCACCGAAACAGGAACCAGCACACAAAGGAUAAGCAUGAAAAGCGAUCAAGCAAACGAUGAGGAGAGAAGAGUAAUGAAUGUGUUGUUCCAAGCCAGGAAUGUUAUUAAGCAUCAGACUGCAGGGAUGUCUCAGUUUUUCAGGAGAGGUUGCUGUUCAAAAUUGAAUUUUGAAGCAAGUGGCUUGUGUGAGAACUUGAGGUAGCUUUAGAAAACCUUUCUUUGGGACCUUAAAGGGAAAAGCAUAGUGCAGCGUAAAUCUUUUGGCUGUUUCAGAACAGACAUUCCUCUCCCUUUACUCCAUUCCUCUCUCCCCUUCUGACUAAGCUUAAGGUC